AGUCGGCCGUCGUCUGUCGUUAAAAGCAGCCACGUACACUCGCGUGCACUCCCGCUGGCAACUGUUGGCGAGUUUUGGUAUAGUCUCUAUUUUAGCUGAUAGUGUAAGAAGUUAAGAGCGAUCUUCGAUUGCCGUGAAGGAAAAGAUAUCAGCAUUUCCUUCCUCUGCGUGAAUCUCCCUCCUCUCUGCUCUGGAGCGGCCGCGAGGCUUCACUGCUCUCCACGUCGCUGCAACAUGAUCCUUGUUGAUGGCCUUCUCGCGGUGCCGCCUUUAUGGAGUAGCGCUGUCGCCCUGGGCCCCGCGAAGAGCGACUGGGAGCAGGAGCAAGAGCGGGAGCAGGUGGCAAGGACCCGAUUCAUCGCGUACGGCGUGGUCGCGCCCAUCACGGUCGCCGUGGGCAUCGUCGGCAAUCUCCUCACCAUCGUCCUCCUUCGCCAGCCGCAGUUCAGAGGGGUGACGUUCACCUAUUUCCUGGUACUUGCUCUGAGUGACCUGAUCUCCCUCUGCAUGUUCGUGUCCAUGAUGGUGCAUUUCCAGCACGAAGAGACGCUUUCCUUCUCCACGGCCGUGUGGUACGCGUACUUCGAGCUGUUUAUGGUCAACGUGCCCAUGAGCGUCUCCGUGCUGGUCGUGGUGUGCAUCACGGUGGACCGCUUCUACUCGGUGUGUCGCCCCACGCACUUCGCGGCCAUUCACACGGAGCGCUGCGCUAGGCUAGCCAUCGCAGGCUCAGUUGCCUUUGCAGUGCUGGUGUGGCUGCCUGUGUGCUUCCUCCUGCACCCGGUGGAGUGCGUCGAGCUCUCGUGCAGUCCGCCCGACAACCGGACGUGGUGGGCGGUGCGUUUCAACAACGAGCUGUUCCCUGAGGACUGGUAUCGCCCGUACGCGUGGGUAAGGCAGGUCUUGCUGGCCUUCAUCCCCAUCAUUCUUCUGGUCGUCCUCAACGCCCUCACUUUGAGAGGCUUUCUGCGGCUGCGGGCCAGGAGGGCCGAGAUGGCCAGGAGCUCCGCCAGUGGCAGCCUGCAGCUCACAGUCUCGUCCAGUGCGGAGGGAAGGCACCGCAAGGAGCAGCACCUCAUCCCGCUGCUGGUGGCCGUCAUGAUCACGUUCAGCGCGACCAUGCUGCCCUCGGGGAUAGUCGACGCAAUACAUACGGACGACCCUGAGGACGAGGCGACCUACGAGGUCUUCAGAGCCCUGGGAAAUAACCUCGAAGUCCUCAGCCAUGCACUCAAUUUCUACAUGUACAUCCUGUGCAGCAGGACCAUCAGAGUGGCGCUGAAGAACAUCUUUCGGCGCCGCCGGCAGGUCUCCCUCGCCAGAGCCUCCGUGUCAAGGGUGUUGAUUGCGGUCCAACAACUGACCAGGAAUGACGGGAGAGGAAAGACGCCCUCCGCGGAGCCCACAGGUACCGAAGAGGGGAGGCGGCGAGAGAAAGAGACUCAGGGUGUCGCUGCAGAGACAGCGUCGGAGAGAGACCUAGCACAGACAGUGUGACUGCGGGAGAACAUCUUUCCGUAGGAAGAGCAUCGAAGCAGUGAGGCGCUUCGUAGGUAUCAGGACCGCCCUAGGAAUUCCCAUCCUCACGGACAGACGCAGUGCAGCUGUGCUCAUGACGCAGGAGUGAAGACGGGAAACAGAUCCUCCUUGAAACUUGGCUAGAAUGCCCUCGGGCGCCACAGUGGCAGCUUUCCUCGUUUCCAAACUAAUCCCGUGAAUUCGUCUUUGUGAACGCUGGCAACGUCUGUCUCCUUCCCCUUUACGUGAAUAGGUAGCCGUGCGAGAAACAGCGAUACAGAUACAUGGGUGCAUGUACAAUACAGACUAUAUGCACUUUAUCAUGCUGCUUUAAUGUAAAUCAUUAAACCAAGUUUCAAAAAGA